CGAUCGAUAAGCUCUCGGGGUUCGCUGGCGUCCGGUGGUGGUACGGUGCGCGCACUGCACGGCGACGUCGACGGGAACGACGGACGACGACGACGACGACGGCGACGACCACCGCGGCUGGCCGGAUAGUAUCCUUAAUGUCAGACGCGAGCCUCAUCUCGGCCUCAGUUUUGUUUACCGUGUCCUCGCGUAAACAGCGGAGCGCCGCACCGGACGACGACAGCCAUGAGGUUUCGUUACCUGUACGCCGUCGUCAUCCUGAUCCUGAUCGAGGCGCCCGACCGCGGUGACGGCAUAUCGUACAAAACGGCGAAAACAUGGGCGAACAAAUUGGGUUUCGAGCUGUCGCAGCUGGGCAAGUAUGUGACCAACGUGGAGAAGUUUCAAGAAAGGUACAAGCAAGCCGGGAUCACGAUACGUGAUGGUAACGCCUUGGUCCACGAGAUCGCCAAGGACAUCAAAGCCAUGAUGGAGUCAAAGAUAUCCGCCAUCAAGAGAAUCAUGGACAUCGCGGAGACGUCAGCCUUAUCCGCUCCGGACGUCACGCCCCCGGAAUCGUUCACCUUCAUCGACGCGAAGAACAUCACCAUCGAUCUGAAAUACAGUUCUCACUUCGGUGGCCAGGUAAACCUGAACACGUCAGCCGUUCACGUGCCGACGAACGUCUACGAAAGAGCUGCGCCGGUGAUCAGAGCGAUCAAGUGGUCCGCGGAGCUGGACAAGACCUUCAUCAACAACUACGAGCAGGAUCCAUCUCUGUCCUGGCAGUAUUUCGGCAGCGCGACGGGAUUCAUGAGACAGUACCCGGCUAUGAACUUGUACCUGGAGCCGGUGGACCUGUUCGACUGCAGAACCAGAAGCUGGUACAUCGAGGCGGCCACCAGCCCCAAAGACAUCCUAAUUCUCAUCGACACGUCGGGCAGCAUGACCGGUAUACGCAGAGAAAUCGCCAGGCACGUGGUCAACAACAUCCUGGAUACUCUUGGGAACAACGAUUUCGUGAACAUCAUCACGUUCUCCAAUAUCACGAAGGAGGUGGUGCCGUGCUUCAACGACACCCUGGUACAAGCGAACUUGGCGAACAUCAGGGAGCUGAAGAGGGCUAUCUCGAAUCUGGAAACGGAGAAGAUAGCGAAUUUCUCGAUGGCCUUGACCACGGCCUUCGUCCUGCUCCAGAACUAUCGAAUCGACAAGAAGGGAUCCAAGUGCAACCAGGCGAUCAUGCUGAUAACGGACGGCGUGCCGUACAACUACAAGGACAUAUUCGAGACUUACAACUGGAGGGACAAUCGCAACGAGCCGUUCAAAGCCGACAUGCCAGUUAGGAUAUUCACUUAUCUGAUUGGCAGAGAGGUGGCGGACGUCAGAGAGGUUCAGUGGAUGGCCUGCGCCAACAGGGGCUACUUCGUCCACCUUUGCACUUUGGCUGAAGUCAGGGAACAGGUACUCAAAUACGUCCCCGUGAUGGCCAGACCGUUGGUGCUCGGUCGUACCGAUCACCCGACGAUCUGGACACCGGUCUACGCCGACAUCACGGACCCUAAGAUGACCGACUGGCGUUGGGAGCAACGAGAGAGCGAGGAACAGAAGGAGAGGUUCCUCAGGCUUCAUAGAAGAAAGAAGCUGUUCAACGCGGGCGAGUACGAUCGCAGGUUCGUGAAGAAGCAGAAGAAGGUGCACGAACAGAGCGACGAUUUGCAAGAGUUCAAGCUGAUGACCUCGGUUAGCAUGCCGGUGUUUGACCGACGCAAUAACGCGACACGGAUCGCCGACCUCCUCGGUGUUGCUGGCACGGACGUUCCGAUCGAAGAGAUACAGAAGCUCAUGAUGCCCCAUCGGCUCGGCGUUAACGGAUACGCGUUCAUCGUGACCAACAACGGUUUCAUCCUGAUUCAUCCCGACCUCCGACCAGUGUUUCAGGGUAUCCUGAAGCCUGCGUACAACAGCGUCGACAUGGCGGAGGUUGAGCUGAUGGAUCAGGACAGGGGACCAAGGGAGUUCGGCGAAGGAAUCAUUAUGUUCCGUAAUGACGUGGUCAAUCAGACGACCGGUAGCGUGACGCUUCACACGAAGUACCAUUACGAUGACAUGAAACGCGUGGGCAGAGUGAGGAGGAAGUACGACUACACUGGUAUACCAAACACACCGUUCACGGUGGUGGUCAGUCUGCCGGAACAUGAUCACACCGGAAGUUAUCGCGUGCUCGCAACCGAGGAAAUACACCGCGCGCACGUUAGUGGCAAGAACGUGUCGGAUUAUUUCACUGGUACGAACUGGCGGGUGCAUCCCGAUUGGUUGUAUUGCAAAUACCAUUACGAGGACGAGCGUACAUUCAAUUCCUCGGAGGCGCAGCUGUUGCAUUUUUUGGAGCGUACUCGCCAGCCGCGCUGGAAAUGGAACGACAUGAAACAACCGUCCCAGCCGCCAGAAUACUCGGCCACGAGUUCCGGUAACGACACUCACCGUAAAUCAAAGUCCACGCCGUACAAAGCCGACAAAGACUCCUACUACUGCGACAGGGAGCUACUCCAGAGUCUGGUGUUCGACGCAAAGGUAACCGAGUGGUUCGCAAACCUCAGCACUACGCGCGAAGAAAAAGGGAAAGAGUUCCAACAACGUUUCGGCGUGACGCUCGCGUUCAUGGCGACCCACAGCGGCCUGACAAGAUGGCAGGACUUCCUGCUGGACGAGGAGAGCGCCGUUCCCGAGGACCACUUCAGCAAAAUGUACCCGAGGGCCAUCGACGAAGUGUGGUACAAACGUGCCGUGGAACAGCACUACAUCGAUCCGGACAGCUUCGUUUUUUCCGUACCGCUCGACGAGGAGGGUGCCGACAACACCACCCUCGUCACCGCCAGUCGCGCUAUUUUUACAGAACCUCAGAAAGGAAACGCGCCAGCAGCGGUGGUAGGUUUCCAGUUUCAGCACACCGCCCUUCAAGGUCUAUUCCAGAACAUCACGUUCAGCUGCGAGGGCCAAACAAAUUGCUACACGCAUUGCGGCGAGGGCAACUGGACCUGCUACUUGAUAGACAACAACGGGUAUGUGAUCGCAGCGGAGGAUGAGUCCGACGCAGGGAAAUUCUUCGGUGAGAUCAGAGGCCCGAUCAUGACCAGUCUCGUGAAGGAAGGGGUUUUCGAGAAAAUUAGAAUAUUUGAUUACCAAGCAGUCUGCUUCAAGAGAACGCAUACCACCAACGAUGGAAACAUAUUGGUGACGCCGUGGAAAACCGCCCAGAAGUUGAUCUCGUGGUUCGUCGGGAAAGCAGCCUGGGCUUGGGCCAAAGCUGGGAUUUGGGACUCCGAGUACGUACAGACGUUCGCUUAUCCAAACGAGGACGAGGCUAUACACGAGGACUAUCAAGAGAGCGAGGAGAAACCGACGGUGGACGCGAAGGACGAGAAAUUGUUUGACCAAAAGGUUCUGAUCAACCGAACGAGACCAGAAGCUUGUGAUCAGGAGGUGUACCUGUACCUCCGGAACGUGUCCUUCCAGUCGUUUGACAUCGAAACCGAUGUAAACGAAGACUGUCUAAGGCCAUACAUCGUACAACCGGUGAACUUCAGUAAUAUGCUUCUGUUAGUGGUCAACACAGACUGUACAGAGACUGUGUCGCCCCCAUUGAGCAUCUACCCGGAAGAAGUGAUGUACGAGAACAACUCCUUGGUCUGCCAGAAAGCGCUCAACCCCUUAGAAAGAAAGACACCUCAGUCCUGCAUUCGCAGCGACCCGAAAGAAAGCGAGAUCAAAGAUCUCUGUGGCUUGGCUUCGAACGUGGAGUCGAAUAUCUACCUCCUUCUUUUGUUAUCUACCGUCUGUGUCUUUGUCAGACGGAUCGUCCUCGGUCAGGAUUAAUUUCCCGCGAA